AUGGCUAGCUUGUCAAACGACGUUGUGAUUAUCGGUGCAGGUCUGGGUGGGGCUGCCUUGGCUCUUGCUCUUCAUCAGAAAUCUAUCCCCUGUCGAAUCUAUGAAAGCAGAACAGAAGAUGCUAAGGGGCUCGGCAGCGGGGUUACCUUAACCCCUAACGGCUUGAGGGUGCUCGACCGUCUGGGAGUCUAUGAGCGUAUUGCACCUCUGGGUUACCAGAGUGAAUCAUUUACGCUCAGAAAUGCUGAGGGUCACACGAUUCGCAAUGUGCACCUCGCUGCCGAGCAGCUCUACGGGUACAAGACCUGUCGCGUAUAUCGCCAAUUGCUGCUCGAUGAGCUGAGAGCUUUGUUAAAGGAACGGAAUAUUCCUGUCGAGUACGGUGCGAAGUUCGAAGAGGUUCAGGAAGAGACGACAGACAGCGUGACAUUUCGGAUCAAUGGCAGAACUGAACGGGCUUCGUUAUUGAUAGGAGUUGACGGAAUCCACUCUGCUGUUAGGAAAUACCUGACUCUAGACCUGCCAGCAUACACAGGCAUAGCUUGCGUUUACGGGCAUGUUCCGACAGACAGUAUCUCGUGGCUGAAGGAAGAGCCCGACAAAGGCUGCACCAUUCAAGAUGAACCUGGAGCUUUGUUCAUGAUUCCCGAGGACACUGCUGGCUCCGACCUGAUGGUGGGUAGACAAUUCUCCUAUCCAUCACUUGAUCGUGCUGGUUGGGAAGCCUUGGGAGCAGAUAAGGACGCGCUUUGCGGCUUACUUUGUAAGGGUUAUAACAAAUGGCACGACCCAGCAAAGGAGUUGCUGGAUCAGUUAUCGACAAGGAAAGAAGGGUUGCAACUCUGGCCUUUCCAGCGCAUGCCAAAAAUGGAGCGUUGGUCCUCGCCUACUGGACGCGUUAUUAUCACUGGUGAUGCUGCUCACGCAAUGCCGCCAUCCUCAGGACAGGGUGUCAAUCAAGCAUUCGAAGACGGCUAUACAUUGGCUCUCGUACUUAGCUCCCUGCCGCCAAAAAUGAAGUUGAUCGAGGUACUCGAUUACUGGCAUCGUCUACGCCAGGUCCGCAUCGACGCAAUUCUCGACAUGGCAUACGAAACAGACAUUAUGCGGCUCCCCAAAGAUGAGAGAGAAGUCUUUGAGCAGAAAUGGGGUCUCAAUGGUGACAGGAAACUGCAGCCUCGGGAGGACUACUUGAAAUGGCUUUUUGCUCCUGGCACGGAAGAUGAUAUUACUGCUUGGAUGACUGCUCACUCCUAG